AUGGCGAAGGUUUUCGAUUAUGCCGAGGUCGCACAGCACAACACAGCAGAGAGCUGCUGGGUGAUUCUCUACGGCAAUGUUUACGAUGUCACGCGCUUCAUUCCUGAGCACCCCGGCGGCUCAAAAGUCAUCCUCCAACUUGCCGGCACCGACGCAACCGAAGAAUACGAUCCCAUCCACCCACCCGGCAUUCUCGAAGAGAAUCUCGAAGCCUCGGAUAAGCUCGGCACCAUAAACCCAGACACGCUCCCGAAAGAGGAGAAGACACCAGAGGAGACUGGCGAGGCGCAAGACGAAGGACCCGUAGAUCUGGACAGCUUACUGAACCUCGAUGAAAUAGAAGAGGUGGCAACGAAGCAAAUACCUUACAAAGCAUGGGCGUACUACUUCUCCGCAAGCGACGACCUCCAGAGCAAGUCCUUCAACAACAGCGUAUAUCGCAGCAUACUCCUACGACCCCGCGUCUUUGUCGACUGCACCCGCUGCGACACAUCCACGUCCUUCAUCGGCAACUCGGUCAAACUCCCCAUCUAUGUCUCCCCAGCAGCCAUGGCGCGUCUCGCGCACCCAGACGGCGAAUGGGGCAUCGCACAAGCCUGCAGCCAAUUCGGCGCCAUGCAGAUAAUUAGUCAAAACGCGUCCAUGACGCCUGAACAAAUCGUCACAGACGCCACCCCAGGCCAGGUCUUUGGCUGGCAACUCUAUGUGCAGAACGAGCGCGCCAAGAGCGAAGCCAUCCUCGACCGUGUGAACAAACUCGACGCGGUCAAAUUCAUCUGCCUCACCCUCGAUGCGCCAGUCCCCGGUAAGCGCGAACACGACGAACGCAGCAAAAACGUCGGCUCAAACCUCCCCGUGCGCGCCUCGGUCCAAGAAUCACAAUCGCUCUCCAAGACCAGCACGAGUGCGAAGACACCCACACAAGCCAGCGAGAACGAGAAGCCAAAGCCCAAAUCAAUGGGCAUGGGCCAGUCCCUCUUCUGGGGCACAGCUGCAGAUCUAACUUGGCGUUCUACACUGCCCUGGCUCGCAAAACACACCACCAAACCUAUCGUUCUGAAAGGAAUCCAAACACACGAAGACGCUUAUCUAGCCUCGCUCCACGCUCCAGCCGUCAAAGCCAUCAUCUUAUCGAACCAUGGUGGUAGGGCACUGGAUACAGCUCCACCUGCUGUACACACGUUACUUGAGAUACGCAAAUACUGUCCCGAGGUGUUUGAUCGUAUUGAAGUUUGGGUCGAUGGAGGAAUCAAGCGGGGGACGGAUGUUGUCAAGGCCUUGUGUUUGGGUGCAAGGGGUGUGGGUGUAGGUAGGGCGGCGUUGUUUGGACUGGGGGCCGGAGGGAAGGAAGGAGUUGCGCGGGUGCUUGAGAUUCUCAAAGCGGAGACUGAGACGUGUAUGCGUCUACUUGGUGUGGAAAAGGUCGAGCAGUUGGGUAUGCAUUGCAUCAACACACGUGCGGUUGAGCGCGACAUCUGGGAUGGACCGGGUCUGGAAAGGGCUGUCGUCAAGGCGAAGUUGUAA